UGUAAUAAGUACAUAAUGCAGGUCUUUAUUGGACGAGCCCUAAGUUUAUGGACGAGCGAGCUUGCGAGCGAGUCUCAUAAAUAGGACAAGUCCAAAAAGCCUAAUUAUGUACGAAUUGCAUACAAAGCUUUAUGUUCGACUGCCGAAAUUGGUUUAUUAAUGAAUUUAAUAAACUUCAAUAAAUUAAUAAAUUUUAAUGAAACGCACCAAGUGUGCUUUUUCGGUUGUUUGGUUACGGAAUUGUUUAUUAUUUUUGUGAUGUGAAAAUUGUGUUUGAAAGCAAAAUGCAAACGUGCAGUUCAAAUAAAGAAGAAACUUGCAGCGAAAUAUCAAAUAUUGCUGCUGAUGCGAAAGAUUCUCUGUUACCAUCAAAAUCCAAGCAUUUGUACGAAGAAACAUAUAAUGCGUAUCGGAAAUGGCGUUCUAAUAAGAAAAUUGAUACAAUUUGCGAAGAUACCAUUCUAGCGUACUUCAGCAGCGAGCUGUCCCGGUAUAAAAGUUCAUCAUUAUGGAGCAAAUAUUCUAUGCUAAGAUCAACCAUCAAUCUACGAGAGAGAAUUGACAUUAGUAAAUUUCCAAGCGUCAUACCUUAUUUGAAACGAAAAGGUGAAGGAUACAAACCAAAAAAAUCUCUUAUAUUGAGUAAAGACCAUAUAGACGAAUUUUUUAGAAAAGCUGACACCAAGGAACAUUUAUUUAAUAAGGUUGUUCUCAUAUUUGGAGUAGCCGGUGCAUGUAGACGUCAAGAGCUAGUGACAUUAACGACAACAUGUGUUCAAGACUGCAAAACCCAUUUUUUAAUUAAGCUGGAAGACACCAAAACCAAAGUGGAUCAAUGUUUUAUAAUAACAGCAGGUAAACUCGAAAAUGUUAAUCUACUUGAACUUGUCAGAAGAUAUAUGGAAAUUCGACCCACCAAGACACCGCACAACAGAUUUUUUAUCAACUACACCAAGGAAAAAUGUACCAUUCAACCAGUUGGAAUCCACAAAAUUGGGGGUCACUGCUUCAGACGUAGCUCAGCUUCUCUUCUGGCAAAUGCAGGGGCCACUAUGGAAAGGAUAAAAAGACACGGAGGUUGGCGUUCAACUACAGUGGCAGAAGGUUAUAUCGAAGAAUGUGAAAAUACUAAAAUUAAGGUUGCAAACUUGAUCUUGGGUGAAGAACAAAUUUACAAGUUUGCGUGGAACCGAGAGUGAAGCAAAAAACAACGAAGUUGUAGGAAUGAAUAUUUGUGGCAACAAUAAUAGUGUUAUAAAUGUAAAUCAUUAUUACAACAAGCAAUAGUAUGUUUAUAUGGUUACAAUGUUACA